CUUCAUGUUGAUUUGCCUCUUGCUCCUGCUUGGGCAGCGGGAGCUUCUCACCCACAUGCUCUAGCGGGCACUUUCCUUGAAAUCCUACAUGGCUUCAGACGUGAGAACCCAACUGGUUGAACAUCCACUGACGAGUCCAAAGGCCGAGCUGAAGUCUGAGAAGAAGCCAGAGCACAGACCAAGGAGGCACAGGGACAGCAGGCCACAGAAAGAACUGGUGAUCCCAGGGAUCGUGGAUUUCCAGCUGACCCAAGAGGCAGUGAGGGCCCCUAAGCCCCGACACCCCGGCACCUACCGCUUUGGCCGCCUCAGCCACCACUCCUUCUUUUCCCGGCACCACCCUCACCCCCAGCACGUGACCCACAUCCAAGAUCUCACUGGGAAGCCCGUCUGUGUCGUCAGGGACGAGUUCUCUCUGGCCCCCUUGCCUCAGACCUCACUCUUAUCCCGCUGUCUGAUGGGGAUGCCCACCAUUUCUGUCCCCAUUGGAGACCCGCAAUCCAACCGGGACCCCCGGCUUCCUUCUGAGGCCUGGAGGAGGGAGUUGAAGGACCUGGCUUCCCGGGUGGCAAUCUUCACCAAGGAAGACGAGAUGAAGAACAAAGAGCAGGAGGAGCCUCAGCGGGAGCAGGGGGCAAGGUACUCUGCAGAGACGGGUAGGCUCAUCCCAGCUUCCACCCGGGCCACUGCCCACCGCAACGUCCGCCAGGGCCAGCGGAAUCAGCCACCAGGCAGAGAUGGAGGGGUCCAGGCCUCCAUCCUGCAGGAUCAGGAGCUGCUGGUCCUGGAGCUCCUUUGUCAGAUCCUGCAAACAGACUCACUGGGUACCAUCCAGCUCUGGCUGCUCUCUGCAUCCCCCAAAGACAAAGACCUGGUGCUGGGGCUCCUGCAGAUGGCGGUGGCUCAGCUCCUCCCCCAGCCCCUCAUCUCCAUUCCAACAGAGCAACUCCUUGGCCAGAUCCAGGAAGUUCAAGAGCAGGCGCAGGAGGCCCAGCAGCCCCGCUCCAGCCAAUUCCUGAAGAAGACAAAGACACCACCUGUUCCAAAAAGCGAAAAACCAGAGCACACUGGGAAAGCACAAGUUCUCUGGAUGCAUUCGAGCCAGAAUUCAGAAGAGAAAACGUUGAAGCCAAAGGCAGAGAACUGAGGAGUUCUUGCAGCUUUGCACACCCAGCCCAAAAGCUGCCCCCAAGGUUUCGGGUGCUUCCACCCCAACCACCUCAAGAGCAGCACCUGCUUUGCUACCACACAGAGUCUCUUAAA